GCUUCUCCAAGCAGAAAUUGCUGCAGCGUCUCUGCCAGAGUCCCUGUGUAGUAAUGAUGAUGGUGAUAAUGCUGAGGAUAAUACCAGCUGUACACAGGAGGGACAUCACAGGAGCUAAAUGGAUGUGCUAAUGGCUAUUGGGUGGAGAUCAAAACUCUGCUGCUGACUGCAAAGGGCUGGAUGGCAGCACAAGAGCCUGGGGAGAUCUCUACCGGAGCAUGACUGCAGCCCAUAGAGGCGGUCGGCAGUGUACUGACCCACAGAGCUUACAAUCGGACAUGCCCAGAGGAGCUGCCGCUACGGGUGCCCUCAGCGACUGACAGCUGUAGUGCUAUGGCACCCUGGUUCAGGAUCACCUAACAUGGCAUGUUUUGGGCGAUCAUGGCGUCCCCCAGUGCCUUUCCUGGGACACUGUCACGAAGCAUCUUUAGGAGGUUUGUCCUGAUCCUCUGCUCCUUGCUCAUGUCCUUGUAUGUCUUCUAUUGCCUGACUGACCGGUGCCAGAGCCUACCAGGACCCAUCAUUGGGGCCACGGAGGAGGAAGAAGCUGCAUACAUGGACCUGGACCCUCACCUGGCCAUCUGGCACUCAGUUAAGAGGAAACGACUCGUUCUGCAAAGGAUGACGGGACAAAGAGUCAAAAUGCGCCAGGGGGCGCCGUGGAGUCACCUUUUCCCUCAUAUUGGGGUAGCCCACCCUAGGCAAACCCAGGGGGGCGUUAUUCUCACUCCAUUAGGGGAAGGGAGCAAGAAGUUGCCCCAGUCCAUCAUUAUUGGCGUGAAGAAAGGCGGUACGAGGGCCCUGCUGGAGUUUCUGAGGGUGCACCCUGACAUCAGGGCUGUGGGGGCUGAACCCCACUUCUUUGACAGGAACUAUGACAAGGGACUGGACUGGUACAGGGAGUUAAUGCCGAGGACAUUGGAUGGCCAGAUCACCAUGGAAAAGACUCCCAGUUACUUUGUGACAAAGGAAGCUCCAGCUCGGAUCUCUGCCAUGUCGAAGGAUGCUAAGGUGAUUGUGGUGGUGAGAGACCCUGUAACUCGCAUCAUAUCGGACUACACCCAGACGUUGUCCAAGAAGCCGGACAUCCCCACAUUUGAGAGCUUGACCUUUAAAAACAGAACUAUGGGUCUUAUCGACAUCUCAUGGAGUGCCAUCCAGAUUGGCAUCUACGCCAAGCACUUGGAGAACUGGCUGCAGUAUUUCCCUAUGAGCCAGAUCCUCUUUGUCAGCGGGGAGAGACUGAUCACGGAUCCCGCUGGAGAACUGGGACGUGUCCAGGAUUUCCUGGGACUUAAACGAAUCAUCACAGACAAACAUUUUUAUUUCAACAAGACUAAGGGUUUCCCAUGCUUGAAAAAAGCAGAGGGUAGCAGCAAACCCCACUGUCUGGGGAAAACCAAGGGCCGGACUCACCCCAACAUAGAACCAGAAGUUGUCCAGAGAUUGCGCGAGUUCUACAGGCCGUUCAACAUGAAGUUCUACCAAAUGACUGGCCAUGACUUUGGCUGGAACAGCUAACACAUAUAUGAUCUAUUAUAGACACUAUAUAUUUUUUUAACACAGAAAGUCAGAGUAAACAUCUAGCAUUGGCUCUUAUGGUAUAAGACAGCUUUUAUUUCCCAUAAUGUGUAUGAAGUCUUAUUUAUGUAUAGUUACUUGCUUAGUCUAAGUUUUUUAUUCAUCAAGGGUUAAUUUGUGUAAUAUUAGGUUAUGAAGACUGACCAUUGACAUGGGAUAACUGUUGGCCGAACACUACAUCUCCUGAA